AUGGCGGAAAAGAAGGCUGAAGUUGAGCACGGUGUUGAGGCAGACAAACCCUCAGUAGAGGUCCAGUCUGCGAUCCAGACUUCUAAAAGAUGCUCCUCUCCAGUCCCGGAGUCGGAACCUCCUCUCAAGUGUCACCGGACCGACUCGACACUUUCUACCACACAGACGACAGAUCCUGGAGCCGAACAGUCAGAGAUGACGAAACAAGAAAUGGAGACACUCACAAUAAAUCCCUGUGAACAGAAUAAAUCCUGGAGGAGAAACACCAUAACCCGACGCUCCCUCCCUGCCCUUCCCAACCCAUAUGAGAGUUUGUGCAGAAGCAUAAGUCCAUCCUUACCACAACAAGAGAGACUUGAAAAACUGCUGGAGGCUUCAAUGGAGAUGGCACUAGAAAGAACUCAAAAUUCACUUGAGUCAUUUCCAAAAGCUUCACUGGACUCCUUCAAAAAACAAGUUGAAAACAUCAAGAUGGAGUGGAGCUGCUUAACCAAAAAUACAAGCAAUGAACCAGAUAAACUAUCUUCAAGUCAACCAAAUUGCAGUCAGCCUGCUGUGCAAAGAGCCAUGGAAAAUGUCCAGAAAGCAAUCAGCAGGCUCAAGGCUGAAAGUGAGUCUUGGGAGGCACUUUUGAACAAACACAAGAAAAAAGCAGAGGAACUGGAAAAGAAGGUGAAGAUGGGACAGGAGACGGGCAUACCUCUAAACUCUACAUUAAUAGUCCAGUCCUCGCAGAACUCUGUCAUACAGAGUAAACCCAACUACCACAAUGUCCUCUGUAGGCAGCGACCCAUGAUGCAUACUAUGGCCAUGAUUAUGGAGACUCAGUGUAAAAUGAUACAGCAGCUACAUACCAUCAAGGAGCAGUCACAGCUGUUAGUCAAAAAGACCAGUGUCCAAUUAGCUGAGGAGGCCGGAUUCCAGGAGCUUUCAUCGAACCUUCUUAAGAAUCUGAUGUCGGCACCUUUGCAAAAGGCAACUACAUAAACAAUAUGUCCCAAAUAGAUGAUGCUUCUGUAGAGCUGAAUCCAACGACUGUUAAAAAUGUACAUAUAUUCUUGUGCUUUUAUAUCAUUUUCCAAAUUUGUUGAUUUUCCUGUCCUGUUUUAUUAAACAAAGAGAAAAUAACAUUUUAUGUUAUGCUCCAACAUAGCUACUUUAAUGGCAGUGGCAAAUUAUACAUGGAUUUGACCAGCAGGUGGCAGUGGUGAGCUAUUUACAAAAUCGUAUUGAAGGUGGUGAAUUGCCUGAGUAGAUUAUUCUUUUGGCCUUAAUUAAGUGCAUUUUCAUAUGUAAAUCCUGAAAACUGUUUAGACCCAUUAGCAAAUGUUUCCACCAUCCAGCAAAGUAUGGUCCCUGUUUUUGGUGUUAUCAAAUUAAACUACAAUAAUAAUAAAUAAAACAGCCACCUCGUCUUAAAAGUGAUUACCAAAGUAUGUUGAUAACUAUGGCAAUUAAUGUUGCGGCAAUAAAGAAUUCAUAGUUUUGACAGUAGGAUAUAUUUUAUAUAUUUGAUGCUAUAGUUAACUUGAAUAAUAAUAAAACCCCCAAAAAAUCAAAGGUAAAUUCCUGAAAGCACCAAUGUGAUGACAAUGUUAGUUCAAAAAGCAAUGACGUAGCAUAAAUUGUGAAACAUUUUUGAUUAUAUUCUUGUUAAACUAUUCAAGUAAAAAUGAAAAGGAAAACUUUUCUUCUUACUUUACACACAUUCUUGCAAA